AUUGGAACGUAAGUUGUCCCACCACACCACACUCUCUCUCUUCACAAACACUACCAUCCACUCUACGUUGCGUAACCAUGAGCACCAGUUUAACUAAUUCACCCAAUUCAUUCACAUGCAAAAUCAAAACUCAUCUUCAUUUCAUUUCCAUCAUCUUAUAAUAUUAUACUUUAUCUUUUUCCAAUACCAACACAUGUGCUCUUCCCUGCCACAUCCCAACCCCACCCUCUCACUUUCUUCCAUGUAGUAGUAAUAACUCAUCUACACAAAUUCUUCUUCACCCUCCCAUGGUUGUUACUCUCCAUCAUCAACCAUGUCCACCUUCUACUCUCUCCCUAGGUGGAUUGGAGGAAAAUUGUUGGGAAGGAAUCCCAAGAGCACAAUCAACAACGUUGGUGACAGUAACAGUGACACUACUGGAGUUGUCGUCGUGACAGAUGACAAUCCAGUGACAAGCGUGGUGGAGUGUUAUGCCUGUACACAAGUAGGUGUACCGGUGUUUCACUCCACCAGCUGCGAUAGCUGUCACCAACCCGAAUGGGAAGCAUCAGCGGGUUCUUAUCUUGUUCCAAUUCAAAACCGACCCGGAAAAUUCGCAAGAGCAGUUACAAGGGCAAAUUGGGGACCGUUAGGAUCCGUUUUAGAUCCAAGAAGCAAGCGCGUGCAGAUAUGGAACCGCGUGUUGUUGUUGGCGCGUGGAGUUGCGUUGGCUAUAGACCCGUUGUUUUUCUACGCGCUAUCGAUAGGGAGAGAAGGUUCGCCGUGUCUUUAUAUGGACGGUGGUUUGGCGGCGAUGGUUACGGCGGCGCGUACGUGUGUUGAUGCGGUGCAUUUGAUACAUGUGUGGUUGCAGUUUAGAUUAGCGUAUGUGUCGAGAGAAUCGCUUGUUGUUGGGUGUGGAAAACUCGUGUGGGACGCACGUACCAUUGCUUCUCAUUAUCUUAGAAACUCAAAGGGUUUUUGGUUCGAUCUUUUUGUUAUUCUUCCGGUGCCUCAGGCUGUGUUUUGGCUAGUAGUACCAAAAUUGAUAAGAGAAGACAAGAUUAAAAUCAUUAUGACCACAAUGCUAUUAAUUUUUUUGUUCCAAUUUCUCCCUAAAGUUUACCAUAGCAUAUGCAUGAUGAGAAGAAUGCAAAAAGUCACUGGCUACAUCUUUGGCACCAUUUGGUGGGGUUUUGGACUCAAUCUCAUAGCUUAUUUCAUUGCUUCUCAUGUUGCUGGAGGGUGCUGGUAUGUCCUUGCUAUUCAACGCGUAGCAUCAUGCCUUCAACAGCAAUGUGACAGAACUAUUGGAUGCAAUCUAUCUCUGUCAUGUUCAGAGGAGGUAUGCUAUCAGUCUUUGUUAUCACCAGGAACCAUUGGAAAUCCAUGUGGUGGAAACUCAACAUUGAUGAUAAGUAAGCCUUUGUGCUUAGAUGUUGACGGACCUUUCAAAUAUGGAAUCUACCAAUGGGCACUUCCAGUCAUAUCCAGCAAUUCCUUGGCUGUCAAGAUUCUUUAUCCCAUUUUUUGGGGUUUGAUGACCCUCAGCACUUUUGGAAAUGAUCUUGAACCCACAAGUAACUGGCUAGAAGUGAUUUUCAGCAUAUGCAUUGUGCUGAGUGGACUGCUACUUUUCACUUUGUUGAUUGGUAACAUUCAGGUAUUCUUACAUGCAGUCAUGGCAAAGAAGAGAAAGAUGCAGCUGAGAUGCCGUGACAUGGAAUGGUGGAUGAAGAGGAGGCAGUUGCCGUCCCGAUUAAGACAAAGAGUUCGGCAUUUCGAACGUCAAAGAUGGGUAGCUAUGGGAGGAGAAGAUGAGAUGGAAUUGAUCAAAGACUUACCUGAGGGUCUUAGGAGAGACAUCAAGCGCUAUCUUUGCUUGGAUCUCAUUAAAAAGGUACCAUUGUUCCACAACUUGGAUGAUCUUAUUCUUGACAACAUCUGUGAUAGGGUAAAGCCCCUAGUCUUCUCUAAAGAUGAAAAGAUAAUUAGAGAAGGUGAUCCUGUACCAAGGAUGGUAUUCAUUGUUCGAGGACGCAUUAGAAGAAACCAAAGUCUCAGCAAAGGAAUGGUAGCAACUAGUGUCCUCGAACCAGGAGGGUUUUUAGGGGAUGAACUACUUUCUUGGUGCCUUCGACGCCCUUUUAUCGACCGUCUUCCAGCCUCCUCAGCAACAUUUAUAUGCCUUGAAUCAACAGAAGCAUUUGGUCUUGAUGCUCAAAACUUGAGAUACAUAACUGAUCAUUUCCGCUACAAAUUCGCGAACGAGAGGCUAAAGAGAACAGCAAGAUACUACUCAUCCAAUUGGAGAACAUGGGCUGCAGUUAACAUUCAACUUGCAUGGCGACGUUACAGGCAGAGGACUAGAGGUCCAGUGACUCCUGUAAGGGAAAUUGGCGGCUCGGAGCGCAGGCUCUUGCAGUAUGCUGCAAUGUUCAUGUCACUUAGGCCACAUGAUCAUCUUGAAUGAAAAGCUAAUGUCCAUGAUUGGUUAUCUUGAAUUUUCUGUGUCAUCAAAUUCUUCAGACCUUUGAAAUUUCUAUCAAGUAUUGAAAUUAUUCUUGAAAUGUAUAAAAAAGCAAAAAGAAAAUGAGAAAUGCAGGAAUCAUUGAACUCCUGUUUGUUCAUUUGAUUUUACUAUAUUGUUUUGCACUGUGAAUUUUUUAUUGGACUUGUAUUUGAACAAUUUCCUCUUGAGGAUGCAAUGUACUUAUUGCAUAAAUGAAUAAAGGGCACUAGAGUCAAAUUUGUUUCUGUUCAA